AUGGAAAACGGGAAAGAACGGCCAAAAAAAAGGAAAGGCCAUUCAGGAGGGGCUACUGAGAGCAAAGAGGAGAAAAAAGAAGAAGGAAGAGGGGCUUUAGGGCACAAGGAUUCAAAGAGAAAAACCAGCAAAGUGGGCACUAAAGAAGAACGAAGCAGAAGGCGUGGAAAAAAGAAAAAAACUACAAGAAAGGAACGGAAAACAGAAAGACGAGGGAGAAGAGAGGAAGGAGGUGGAAGAGUUCAUGGCAUGAAUAAGCUGCGCGACGAAGCACUGGAAACUAAACAGAAAAAGAGAGUGAGGCGUGGACCACAAAAAACGAAGAGAAGGGAGCGCAAGAGAGAAAGAGAGGAGGAAAGCCAGAAAAAGAAGAGGGAGGCGAGGACAAAAAAAAAACGAAGAGAAGAAUAA